AUGGACGCACUUCUGCUCCAAAGAGAUGAGGCCACGCGCGAUCGCGUGCGCCAGGCCUUAGAGUUCCUUGAUCCGCGUGACCAACAUGCACGGAGUUACAAAUCCGACAUUAUUUUGAUGCUCCAGAGGAACCAGCGUAGGCUUGUCGUUAAUAUCGACCAUGUCCGCGACCACAAUCCCGAGAUCGCCGAGGGCCUUUUGAAUGACCCGUUCGACUACAUCCUGGCCUUCGACCACGCCCUCAAGGAGAUUGUCAAGACGAUACCCCGAGCGCGACCCGACCAGCUCGACGACGAUGUGCUGUACUACUGUGCCUGGGCCGGGAGCUUCGGCCUGAACGCAUGCAACCCGCGGACGCUGUCGUCGCAGCACCUCAACAGCAUGGUCUCGAUCGAGGGGAUCGUCACACGGUGCUCCCUGAUCCGGCCCAAGAUCGUGAAGAGCGUACACUACACCGAGGCAACAGAGAAAUGGCAUUUCAAGGAGUACCGCGACCAGACCAUGACCAAAGGCGUUACCACGACGAGCGUCUACCCGACCGAAGACCAGGAGGGCAACCCGCUGAUGACCGAGUACGGCCUGUGCACAUACCGGGACCACCAAACCAUCUCGAUCCAGGAGAUGCCGGAGCGGGCUCCGGCUGGCCAGUUACCCCGAGGUGUGGACGUGAUCCUGGAUGACGACCUAGUCGACAAGGUCAAGCCGGGAGAUCGCGUUCAGCUCGUGGGCAUCUAUCGCACGCUGGGUAACCGGAACACGAACCACAACAGCGCGCUUUUCAAGACAGUUUUGCUGGCCAACAACAUCGUGCUGCUUUCGACCAAGUCGGGCGGCGGAGUGGCCACUGCAACCAUUACUGACACUGAUAUUCGCAAUAUCAACAAAAUCGCCAAAAAGCAGAAGCUGUUUGACCUGCUAUCGCAAUCGCUAGCACCGAGUAUCUACGGGCACGACUAUAUCAAGAAAGCGAUCCUACUCAUGCUGCUCGGUGGUAUGGAGAAGAACUUGGAGAACGGCACGCAUCUGAGAGGUGAUAUCAACAUCCUGAUGGUUGGUGAUCCCUCGACGGCCAAGUCCCAGCUGCUCCGUUUCGUGCUCAACACGGCCCCUUUGGCGAUCGCCACCACCGGUCGUGGGUCUUCGGGUGUCGGUUUGACAGCUGCCGUCACCUCCGACAAAGAGACGGGUGAGAGGCGACUGGAGGCCGGUGCCAUGGUCAUGGCCGACCGCGGUGUGGUGUGCAUUGAUGAGUUCGACAAGAUGUCGGAUAUCGACCGAGUGGCCAUCCACGAAGUCAUGGAGCAGCAGACCGUCACGAUCGCCAAGGCAGGCAUUCACACAUCUCUCAACGCCCGCUGCAGUGUCGUCGCGGCCGCCAACCCCAUAUUUGGCCAGUAUGACACCCACAAGGACCCGCACAAGAACAUUGCCCUCCCCGACUCGCUGCUGUCACGUUUCGAUCUUCUCUUUGUUGUGACCGAUGACAUUGAAGACACCCGAGACAGGCAGGUAUCCGAGCACGUUCUCCGUAUGCACAGGUACCGACAGGCUGGCACCGAAGAUGGCGCGCCGGUGCGGGAGAACGCCGGUCAGGCGCUCAACGUGGCGCUCAACAACCAGACGGAGUCCCAACGGCCAACGGAAGUGUACGAGAAGUACGAUGUGAUGCUGCAUGCGGGCGUCAAGGGCACAGGACGGGGCUCCAACAAAAAGCCGGAGGUGCUCAGCAUCCCGUUCAUGAAGAAGUACAUCCAGUACGCCAAGACCCGUAUUAAGCCCGUCCUGACGCAGGAGGCGGCCGAUCGUGUCGCCGAUAUCUAUGUCGGCCUGCGCAACGACGACAUGGAGAGCAACCAGCGCAAAACCAGUCCCAUGACGGUGCGUACGCUCGAGACCCUUAUCCGUCUGGCCACGGCCCACGCCAAAUCACGGCUGUCGAACCGCGUCGAGGAGCGCGAUGCCGCCGCUGCCGAGUCUAUUCUCCGCUUCGCCCUCUUCAAGGAAGUCGUUGAAGAUGAAUCACGCAAGAAGCGCCGCAAGACUACCCGGCCGCUAAAUGACGACGACGGUGACGCUAGCUCGUCCGAUGGGGACUCGGACUCAGAUGGGGAUGAGGCGAACGGCACUGCCCGAGGCAGCACUGCGCGCACCAGCACCGCCCGGACCACGCGAACCUCCCAGAGGGCUGGUGCCAGCAGGGGUAACCGCGACGGAGAGCAAGAAGGGGAAAAUGGGGCAGACGAAGAAGAGGAGGAGGAAGACAUCUACAACGCUACCCCGCGCCGAACCACCCGCACCACCCGCCCAACAGCCUCUACCUCCCAACAACCGUCCUUCGCUUCCUCUGUCCCUGCUUCCCAGCUCCGUGGCAGCACCAACGGCGACGACGAGUUCACCUUGGCCUCCGGGACCGCCAACCUCUCCGUUUCUGCUCCCACCAACGACGAUGAAGGGGAAGAAGAAGAAGACCAACCAAUCAGCGAAGCACGUCUCGAAGUCUUCCGCCGUGCGUUGGGCCAACUGCUUAACACGGACCUGUUUGCCGACGACGAUCCGGCGGGCGUGGCCGAGGUGAUUGAGGCAGUAAACAACAAGAUCGGGGCCGGUGGCGCGAGGAGCCCCGCGAGGUUUGCGCGGCCAGAGACAGUCAAAGCCUUGCAGGAGAUGGAUGCAAGGAAUCAGAUUAUGUAUACGGAUGGUGAACUGGUGUACAAGAUCUAA